AUGGGCGCCAUGAGGAAACUACUGAUUGCUGCUGCUGUUGCUGCUCUUGCAGUGUUUGCGGCAAACACGUACACGCGAAUGAAGGUUAUGAUGCUUGUGUCCAGAGAGGUGACCGUGAAACACCGCAACUGUCAGUAUUUACAGAAUAUCGAAUGUGGGGCAGAGGAUAUCACGAUCCUGAAAGAUGGACUGGCCUUCUUCAGCUCGGGGUUAAAGUUUCCUGAAGUGCCUUCAUUCUGCGAUGGACCGGGGAAGAUGUAUGUCGUGGAUAUGCUGCACCCGAAGCCGACGCCGGUGGAGCUGCAGAUCAAAGGCGAGCUGGACCUCAGUUCGUUCAACCCUCACGGCAUCAGUGUGUACACGGAUGAAGCAGAUGACUCCAUAUACGUGUUUGUCGUCAAUCAUCCUCACAGCAACAGCCAGAUAGAGAUCUUUCGUUUUGCUGAGGAGGACACCCUUGUGCACCUAAAGACCAUCAGCCACCCUUUACUCCCCUCCGUAAAUGACAUCGUUGCAGUCGGGAAGGAGAGCUUCUACGCCUCAAACGACCAAUACUUUCCCAGUCGUACGCUUCACCUUCUGACCCUCUUGUUGGGCGUGCCCAUGUGCGAGGUGGUGUACUACAGUCCCGGUGACGUGAGGGUGGUGGCCGGUGGCAUCCUGUCUGGAAAUGGCAUCAAUUUGUCUCUUGACAAACGGUAUAUUUAUGUUUCAGAUAUCGCAGACCAUGACAUAGACGUUUUUGAGAGAAAGAAAGGGGAGCAGUUAGUGUAUAUUAAGUCUGUCGCCGUUGGAUCACUUUGUGAUAACAUCGAGGUGGACCACAGGACAGGUGACCUUUGGAUGGGCUGUCAUCCAAAUCCCAUGAAGCUGUUCAGCUCUGACCCGAAAGAUCCACCUGGUUCUGAGAUCAUCAGGAUCCAGAACAUUCACUCGCAGCAUCCAGUGGUGACUGUGGAGUACGUCGACGACGGCCACGUGCUCAUGGGCUCCACUGUUGCGGCUCCCUAUGAGGGAAGGUUGCUCGUUGGCACCAUCUUCCACAAAGCUCUGUACUGUGACUUGAGAUAGUUUGCAGAUCGUGUACUGUGUCUAUCGUUGUUACAGUAACGAACAGUCUGCAUGGGUACAGGAGUAAAAAAAAAAAAAA